GGGAGAAAAUGCAGUAGAAAAUGAACAGUAACAAUCACGACGGCACCCACCAUCACCACCUCCAACCCCACACUGACAAUACCUCCUCACGUUCCCAACCUCAGCAGCAGCGCCGUCCACGUGGCUUCGCUGCGGCGGCGAUGGGCGUCUCCACCGUUACCACAACCAUCAACAACAAUCCUAGGGGCAGUAGAAACGAGAGAGAGAAAGAAAAAGAACGAACCAAACUUCGAGAACGCCACCGCCGCGCCAUCACCAGUCGUAUGCUUGCUGGUCUCCGCCAGUACGGCAACUUCCCUCUACCUGCACGCGCCGACAUGAACGACGUUCUGGCCGCCCUUGCCCGCGAGGCCGGUUGGAUCGUCGAACCCGAUGGUACCACUUUUCGUCAAUCCCCACCCACUUCUAAAUUGGGUGUGUACCCUGGAAGGUCUGUAGAAAGUCCAUUAUCGAGUAGUUCGUUAAAGAGUUUUCCUGUGAAAGCAUCAUUGGAUUUUCCACCAUCUGUUCUCAGAAUCGACGAGAGUCCAUCGCCUGCUUCUCUUGAUUCUGUUGUGGUGCCAGGAAGAGGGAGCACAGAAUGUGAGAAAUAUGGUGCCAGCCCUAUCAAUUCACAAGACUGUUUGGAGACCGAUCAGCUUAUGCAAGAAGGGCAUAUGGUUGAGCAAGUAUUCAACUUUUUAGGGACUGCAUAUAUCCCUGUUUAUGUGAUGCUUGGAACCGGCUUGAUCAACAAGUUCUGUCAGUUGAUAGACCGUGAUGCUGUUAGAAAGGAGCUAAGGCUUCUGAAAUCAUUGCAUGUAGAUGGUGUAUUCGUAGACUGUUGGUGGGGUAUUGUUGAAUCCCAGGGUCCACAGAAAUAUAAUUGGUCUGGAUAUCGGGAAUUAUUCAACAUUGUCCAUGAAUUUGAGCUGAAAUUACAGGUUGGGCUGGCAUUUCAUGAGUAUGAAGGGAAUGAUUCCGGGGGGAUAUCUAUACCCCUCCCCCAGUGGGUUCUUGAGAUUGGGAAAGAAAACAAGGAUAUUUUCUUUACGGACCAUGAAGGACGAAGAAACACUGAAUGCUUAUCUUGGGGUGUUGAUAAAGAACGAGUAUUGAAAGGAAGAACCGGCGCUGAGGUUUAUUUCGACGUCAUGAGAAGCUUCAGAACGGAGUUUGAUGAUAUGUUUGUUGAAGGUCUUAUUACUGCUGUCGAAAUCGGACUGGGAGCCUCGGGAGAACUGAAGUAUCCUUCUUUUUCAGAACGGAUGGGAUGGAGAUAUCCUGGUAUUGGUGAGUUCCAGUGUUAUGAUAAAUAUUUGCAACAGAAUUUACGCAAAACUUCAAGUCUUCGUGGUCACACUUUUUGGGCUCGAGGACCUGAAAAUGCCGGUAAUUACAAUUCUAGGCCACAAGAAACGGGUUUCUUCUGUGAACAAGGUGAUUAUGACAGCUAUUAUGGGCGUUUUUUUCUCCAAUGGUACGCUCGGUCCUUAAUAGAUCACGCCAAUACUGUUCUCUCUCUUGCAAGUCUAGCAUUUGAGGAAUUACAGAUGGUUGUUAAGAUUCCGGCUGUUAACUGGUGGUAUAAAUCUAGAAGCCAUGCAGCUGAGCUCACAGCUGGAUAUUAUAACCCUGCUAACCGAGAUGGGUACUCGGCACUCUUUGAGGUUCUUAAGAAAUACUCAGUUGCAGUGAAGUUUGUCUGCUCAGAACUGCAGAUUUCUAGUGACGCAAGUGAUGAAUCACUUGCCGAUCCAGAAGGGUUGACAUGGCAGGUACUGAAUUCCGCUUGGGAACAAGGUUUAUCUGUAAGCGGUCAAAAUGCAUUUCUAUGUUACGAUAAAGAGGUAUUCAUGAGAUUAGUCGAGACUGCAAAGCCAAGCAAUGAUCCGGAUCAUCAUCACUUUACAUCCUUCACUUUUCAACCGCCCUUGCCUUUGGUUGAACGAACAAUAUGCUUCUCGGAACUGAACCACUUCAUCGGAUGCAUGCAUGGAGAAAACGCGGGAACGGAAAUGUGAUUGCUAUGGAAGUUGGUUUUAACGUGAGGGAAGAUGGCGCGCGAGCGAUCGUGAAGUGCAUUCCUACCAUUUGGGCAAGUGCCCUCUUAGAUGCCCAUCUACAAAACUAUAACCUGUUGUAAUUGUUGAAAUAUUGGCCUAAAAACAAGAAAUUUGUUAUCUUUUUCAUUUGCCUUGC